CAAAGCUGCCAAUUAUGACUGACACAUGGCAACACGACUAUUUGUUCGCUGUCACGAACGCACAUAUGCUAGAUGAUGACGUAUUAUGUGACAUCACAUUUCUGGCGGGAGAGGACAAACAGGCAGUGAGGUGCCACCGGUUCAUGCUAGCAAGCCGCUCACCGGUGUUCUACACCAUGUUCUGUGGCUCACUUCCGGAAGCCGCUGUCGUGGAAAUAGCGGAUGUGGAUGCUGCCAUCCUAAGAAUGGUCAUCAGAUUUAUUUAUACAAGAGAAAUACAGCUCUUGCCCGAUUCCGUCAUGGCCACAAUGUAUGCCGCCAAGAAAUACGACAUACAGCCAUUGGUAAACCUGUGUAAGACGUUUCUUAAAAAGAACAUUGCUGUUGAUAAUGUCUGUAUCAUCCUUGAGCAAGCUUUAAUGUUCGAGGAAACAAACUUGAUACAGCUAUGUCUGUCCUUCAUAUCAAAACACAUUGCCCAAGUUUUCUAUUCGGACACAUUCUUAAGCAUAUCUUCGGAAGGUCUUAAGCUGGUUCUUGGGAAAGCACAAGAGACGACAAAACUACCAGCCGAGCAGGUGUAUUCCUUUUGCAAGAGAUGGGCAGAACAUGCGUGUUAUACUCUAAGAAAAGAGAUGACUGACCAGGCCCUUAGACAAACUCUUGGUGAUCUUAUAUUUCUGGUUGAUUUUGAAAGUAUGACAUUUGAAUCGUUUAUGGACAACGUUGGUCAGGAUAACAUUUUGUCCGACGAAGAAAAGGUCAAGUGCCUGACAGUUAUAAGAAAUCGGCAAAAGAAAGAAGGAAAUUCCAGACUUGUAUUUGUUGAAAGAAGUAAUGAGUUUAAACGUUGUGAUAGGGAAAACCUAAACGGAGUAAGCUUUAGAACUUCAAAAGAGGUUAUGCUUUCUAUUAUAAAUGUCUACCUGCCUAUUCGAAAAUGUAAAUUAAGUGACCGGUUGGAAGUCCUGGAAGAGCAGACUGUCGUGCUGACUCAGAAUCUAAUCUGUAACGAAACGUACAAAUGCAUUCAUCUUGUCAAUGAAGUUAGCAUUCACCCUGGUGUUACAUAUUCUGUGCGUUUGAGGCUGACCGAUGGAAGCACCGCUAACAAGUAUUUCGAAAAUAUAUACCAAGAGACGAAGGCGGAUAAUGGUGUUGAGGUACAGCUUUUGGGGAUCUGUGCCGAAAACUCAGAUAAUGAAAUCGAUCUAAAUGGUGCUCAGUUAUUGGGUCUUACUUUCACCACAAUUUAAAAUUUCAGCAUACAAAAUAUUUCCAGCGUAUAACGCGAAAGACGCUUUAUUUUGAAAUAUGGUGAUGUUAACAAUCUGACGAGACUGUGUACUAAGCUUUAAAUAAGCUUAUGGCGCAAAGCAGUAGCAAAAGAACUGAAAACAAAUUCUUAAAGUAUUUUUAAUCAUUACGUUUUGUUAUUAAUUUAAGGUAUUAAGACAAGUGUUCAAGCUAGUCCCAGACCUGGUGUCACCAAUGGUCUUCUUCAGUAUUUGUUUAUUUCAUAAUUUAUAACGUCAUUGACCUCAAUUAUCAGGCUAUGUGAACAUCUACGGUAUUCCAGUACUAGCCCGGUUGGCGCAGAUGUUCUCCUUUUGUUUUUCUCUACUUGUUGCAUGUGCUAAGAACAAAACUGGGUAAGGUUUUUCAUACUGUGCAAUAGUGAUUGUUGAAUCAAAACGUCAUGUGUUAUGUAAGUCAUCUUUGCCAUAUUUUGUUAAUAUAAA